UACAAGCAUGAUAUUACAUUACAGCCAAUCAAGGAAAGUGUCGGUCCAAAGGUCAAUGAUCACAACCUACUCCCAUUGUGGUUUACAACCCUCACUCAUUCCAGCAAAGACAGCACAAAGACAAGCAGCAAGAUGAAGCACCUGUUGUUUUUGGGGAUUGCAUUUGCUGCAUUCUGCGUCAGCCAUACAAUUCCAGAGUUCUGUCGUUUGCCGUCUGAUGAAGGUGAAGGCCCAAGCUUUAACUUUGCUUUUUAUUAUGACGAAAUCAAGGAUGAGUGCAAUCCUUUCCUAUUCAAAGGCACAGGAGGAAAUGCCAACCGUUUUCAAAAUGAAAGAGAGUGCAUAAGAAACUGUUCCGACAAUGCAGAGAAUAUCUACCCCAUGGCUGCGUCCAAAGCUUGCCACUUAAAAAAGGCUGUAGGUAGAUGCAGUGGUCAGUUUUUGAGAUACUACUACGAUUCUGUUCAUGACAAAUGCAAAAAAUUCCUUUGGUCUGGAUGCGGUGGAAACGGAAACAGAUUUUUUGACCAGUUCAGCUGCAACUCCACCUGUGCUGGCAUCCAUGAUGAUGGCGAGGAAGACGAGGAAGAGGAGCCAGACACUCCUAUUGCAAUCAUCUGUGGAGUUCUGCUUGCUGUCAUUAUUGCCGCCGUCUUAAUAACUGUGAUUGUCUUGACCAUUCAGUCAAAGAAAAAGAGCCCCAAGAAGAAGGCAGCAGGGAAAAGUAAAGACCCCCAGUCUGGCACACCUCUUCAGGAGAAGGGGAUUGAAAUGGCAUAGAAAGCUAUGUCACCUCAACAGCAACAUGUGGAGUUUUUAUCAGCUUGGUUUAGUAUUAUUAUUAACUAUACUAGUCUUGAUACCAAACAUUACAACAUGAUUACAACAUUCAUGUUCAAUUCAGAUUUUUUUACUUACAUGUUAUAACUACAAUUUUGUUCAAUUUUCUAUUUUGUUUCACUUAAAACAUUUGCAAAGAAAUGUUUGUUGUAUUUUUUCCUUGCAGCUUUAUCGUGUAUUUUCAUUCCGCAACCCCAAUCAAAUCUGAUGAGUCAAAGUGUAAUCAAAAGAAACCAGAACUAAAAGGACUAUAGUCAAUUCAUUGAUUAGUUGAUUCAUCCGCAACCAUUUUGAUAAUUAAUUAAUUAAUUGUUGAAGUCAUUUUUCCAGGAAAAAUGGUAAAUGUUUCCUUUGUUCCAGCUUUUCAGUUGUGAGGAUUUUCUGCUUUUAUUUGCCUAAUGUGAUAGUAAACUGAAUAUAUAUUGGGUUUUGGACUAUUGGUUGGACAAAAACUUUUGGGACUCAGUAAAUUGUGAUUCUCACAAAUUUGAUAUGAUGAAUUCAGUCAGCAGAUCAAUUAUGAAUGAAAUUCAUCGUUAAGGGCUGCCCUAAAAAAAACAAAUCAAAACUUUAGGGAAAUAUUUACAUUACAUAUUUACAUUAGAAGCAAUGGUUGAGUGACAAACACUCAACCAGGAGCAGAACUGCAUCAUUACAAGUUCAGGUACUCAUCUGCUUGUGCACAAUUACCUGAAAUGCUUUUAACGAUGAGGUCUCGUUCGUAAAUAUUGCAACGUUUCCAAAAUAUAACUCAACAUCACCUGGCUCAAAGAUUUGGUGAAAACUGUCUGAAGUCUUUUGAAGGCACAUGCCAAUUCAAAACACAUAUAUUUAGAGCUGUUUGUGAAGUGAUGCUUACUGCACACUGUUAUUCUCCUGCUCAGCAUUUGUGAAUAUUUUGUUUUAGGCUAUAAACAAAAAAGUGUCAAAAACAACCUUGUACAUUUUCUCACAUUUAUCCUAAAAUGUGUUGCUGUAUUAUCAAAUGCUCGUGCUUUGUAUUUGGAAAAUAAAAGCAGUUUUGAAUAAUCACUGGAAUGUCUUAUUUUAUAGGAAAUGUGGCGGAGUUUCAUUUUUUUGUUUUUCGCUGUAGGUGGUGUACAAAUUUAUAAAAUAUUUGAUUAAUAUCAUUGAUUUGAUGAUUAAAAGAAUGUCC